AUGUUCUCCGUGUGGCACAUCCCCGCGCUGAUCCAGGCGACGGCCAUGACCUUCGGCGGCAUGUGGCCCAUGUGGGACGCGCGGGCCGCCAUGGCCGAGUUCGGGUGGCCGGCGCGCAUCGCCUCGGCGCCGGCCGCGGGCCCCGUCAUGGUGCAGGGCCAGGCGCGCACGACCGUCGUCGGCCUGCUAGUCGCCCUGUUCUACCUGCGGCGCGAGUACGCCGCCGUCCACGCCGUCAUAGCCGUCACGGGGUUUUAUGUUUGUGUCGUCGACGCUUAUCUCUUCUGGAGGGAAAAUGAUCGCGGGUUGAGCUGGGCGGUCUUCCGGCUUGUCGCUUCGUGGUUCUAA